AUGGGAUCCAAAGGGAGCAAGCAGCGGGGAAGCAAAGAAAGCAAAGAUGAUCAGACAAAAAGCAGCAGCAGCAGGAAGAUGGAGACCCUGCACAGACUCCAACAUCAAGACGUAAUGAGAGACUCACCCGCAAAAGAUGGACUUCAGGCAAACGUACAGAGACCCAGAGAACUAAAGAAGAUCCUCGACCUGCGUGAGACCGAGGAGGAGUCGGAGAAGAUGAGAGUUCUGCUUCUGCAGCAGGAAAUGAUCCAAGAAAUUGGGAGGGUCUUGAGACGGAGAGGAGACUCAGAGAAGAGGGGAUCCAGGGAGAGCAGGCAGGAGGAAAGCAGGAAAGAGAGAGAAUCCACACCGGAGGAGAAGCGCUACAACCCGAACGAUCCGACUCUGACCAUCGUGGAUGAAGAAGAUCAACUAGACUUUGAGUUGGACAACUUUCAGUCUCCCAGAGCUCUGAUGUCUUGCGGUCACGCCGUCACCCCGACGUCUCUCACCAACUGGUGCCGCCGGCAGCUGGACCAGGGCCAGAUUUUUUUUGUUUGUGGGAUGCCUGACUGUGAUGUGGAGUGGUCCUAUGAGGAGGUCCGUCAAAUGGCUCUGCUGACAGCUGAAGAAAUGGACUACUUUGAAAACAAAUUAUUCAAUAACACCAAGGACUUAUUCAAUGUCAAAUUAUGUCCUGGCUGCAAAUCCACAGUGAUGAGGAGUGAUUUCACCAACCUCUGUGUUAAGUGCACGGUGUGCACCAAAGACCGCAGAAGGCCUUUCUUCUUCUGCUGGCAGUGCCUGAGAGAGUGGCGUGGCCCGUCGCCACGUACAGACCGCUGUGACAACAAAGACUGCUUCGAUAAGUCCCUGGAGACUCUGAAGAACUGUCCAGACAUGACCUUCUCAGACGUGAAGGGGGUCACCGGCUGCCCCUCCAUCCGGGCCUGUCCCCUCUGUGGCUUCCUGCUGGAACACAACAAAGCCUGGUGCAAAUUCUUGGCUUGUGCUCGAUGCUGGGAGGAGUUCUGCUUUGUGUGUCUGAAGAACAAAAAAAUCUGCUGUGAGACAAGUGGCCUUUAUGACCCUUGUUCCAGUGGCGUGGCCCCAAGACAGACCUCCAUACCCACCCUGAAGUGGGAGGACUGGGAAGACUGGUUCUAUUAAGUCUUGCUCGUGAUCCAGCUCUCAGUCAUCUUGGGUUGUUUUUCACAUUUGCUAAGUUAGGUUGAUCCAUAAUUUGAUCAUGACACUUUCAACAAAAUGCUGCAUCUAAUCUGUAGUCAUGGUAACAGGAUGCUACUCUUGUCAUCUUCCGUAGUCAUGGAAACGUGAUGGUUAUGUGG